CUACGAGUCCCAGACUGACGACCUCUCAAUUUAUCAACUGAUCGCACCACCCAAAACUCAUAAUUACACAAUCACACCGUCGUUAUCGUUUUAUUCUUUUUUUUUUGCUUAAAUUCCGUUUGUUCAUUUCUUAUCGCACACCAUAUUUUCUAGGGUUUAGCACACAGGUGAUCAUGGAUUGGGGCAACGUAACUGCAGAAGAUCUGAUCGAAGCCCUCCGCGAGGUAGAUUGGUCAUCGCCUCCUCGGCCACUCUCCGAGUUCUUCUCCAGAUUCACCGUCCCAAGAUCCUACUCCAAAUGGAACAGCCGCCUCAAGUGCAAUCUAUACUACUACCGGACGAAUUAUUUCAUCAUGAUUGUAUUCAUUCUGGGAUUGGCAUUUUUGAGGAGGCCACUUGCUAUUGUUGCUGCUCUAUUGACAGCUCUAAGCAUUGCAUUUCUAAAUGACAGCUUUGCAGGUACUUUUAGUGAAAAGGUGACAAGGACUGUGAGGCAGUUUUCUCCACAUUUAGCUGCAAAAAUAAGGCCUCCACUUACGCCUGUCAUCCGAGGGCGUCCAUCAGCUAAAAGAGCGAUUUAUAUAUGUGGACGGCCUCGUUGGGUGUUUGUCUUCAUAUUCUCUACUGGUGCGUGA